GAUGUUCAAGCAAAAUUCAACUUCAGUUGCCAGUUUUAUUCUUGUUGGCUUCAGGGGUUUGACGAAUUUCAGAUUUUUGCUUUUUAGUUUCUUCCUUGUGAUCUACAUUCUGAUACUAGCAGGAAAUGUGUUGACCAUCGUCUUAGUGUCGAUCACUCCAAGUCUCCGUUCGUCAAUGUACUUUUUCCUUUGUAACUUGUCAGCGUCGGAUAUUUUGUACUGUACAGGAAUAGUGCCCAACAUGUUGUACGUGGUCUUGAAGGAUGGUGGUUCCAUAACUCUGGUCGCUUGCCUCACCCAAUUUCAGAUCUACGGAGAAUCAUUGGCAGUAAGUGCUAUCCUGUUAGGGAUGAUGUCCUACGACCGAUACAUUGCUAUUUGCAAGCCACUGCACUAUUCCAUGAUUAUGAAUAUCCGACUCCAGUGUCAGUUGGCCCUUUUCUCUUGGUUGUCAGGCUUUGUCAUAACAUUGAAUUUUUCCAUCAAAUUUUCCCAGCUGAUAUUCUGCGCUUCCAAUGUCAUUGACUAUUACUUUUGCGAUUUUUACCCCUUGUUGGAUCUCUCCUGUUCUGAAGUCUUGGUUUUGGAGAUACAGUCCAAUGUUUUUUCUUUUAUUUUGGUGUCCAUUCCAUUUUUCUUUAUUUGUGUGACUUAUGUGUGUAUUAUUCUCUCCAUUCUGAAGAUCUCCUCGGUCUCCGGGAGGCAGAAAGCCUUCUCCACUUGUAGUUCCCACCUCUCCAUUGUCUGUCUUUUCUACGGGUCUCUCACUGUUGUCUAUUUGUCAUCAGCCAAAAAUUAUUCUUUGAAUGUGAAUAAAGCUUUAUCCCUUCUUAAUACCAUGGGCACGCCACUGCUUAACCCCAUAAUAUACAGCCUGAGAAAUACAGAAAUUAAAGAGGCGCUGUGGAGAUUGGGUCUCAGGUGUUUUUUGGCAGUAAAGAGGAUUUAUGGAAAUUGGAAGCUUAAAGAUUAA